CUCAACUGACCCGUUCCAGACAUGGAUAUCAAAAACUCACCAUCUAGCCUUCACUCUCCUGUCUCUUACAACUGCAGUCAGUCGGCUCUGCCCCUGGAGCACGGCCAGCUCUAUCUCCCUUCCUCCUACGUAGAGAGCCAUCAUGAAUAUUCGGCCAUGACGUUCUACAGCCCCGCGGUGAUGAAUUACAGUAUCCCCAGCAGUGCCAGUAACGCGGAAGGUGAACCUGGCCGACAGGCCAUGGCCCCAAAUGUGCUGUGGCCAACCCCUGGGCACCUCUCUCCUUUAGCCAUCCACUGCCAGUCUUCACUUCUAUAUGCAGAACCUCCGAAGAGCCCGUGGGGUGAAGCAAAAUCAUUAGAACACACCUUACCUGUGACCAGAGAGACACUGAAAAGGAAGCCCAGGACAAAAGAUAGCUCAGUGCCAACAAGGUGGUGUUCUCUGCAUGUGAUAGGCGGCUCCUGGGAACCUGCUCAGUUGGGUGGAGGAGGAGGUGGGGAAAGCCCUGUAUGGACCUCUGCUUUCCUCUCAGGCUCUCGGAGAGAAAGAUGUGGGUACCGUGUAGCACGGAGGCAGAGACAUCCUGAGGAGCAGCUGCACUGCCUGAGCAAAGCCAAGAAAAACGGUGGGAACGUGACCCCAGUGAAAGAGCUGCCACUGACCCCCCUGAGCCCCGAGCAGCUGGUGCUCACGCUCCUGGAGGCCGAGCCACCCAACGUGCUUGUGAGCCGCCCCAACGCGCCCUUCACGGAGGCCUCCAUGAUGAUGUCCCUGACCAAGCUGGCCGACAAGGAGCUGGUGCACAUGAUUGGCUGGGCCAAGAAAAUCCCUGGCUUUGUGGAGCUCAGCCUGUACGACCAAGUGCGGCUCUUGGAGAGCUGCUGGAUGGAGGUGCUAAUGGUGGGGCUCAUGUGGCGCUCCAUCAAUCACCCGGGCAAGCUCAUCUUUGCCCCAGACCUCAUUCUGGACAGGGAUGAGGGGAAGUGUGUAGAAGGAAUUUUGGAAAUCUUUGACAUGCUCCUGGCAACGACUUCAAGGUUUCGUGAGCUGAAACUGCAACACAAAGAGUAUCUCUGUGUCAAGGCCAUGGUCCUCCUCAACUCCAGCAUGUACCCUCUCACUGCAGCGACCCAGGAGGCUGAGAGCAACCAGAAGCUGACUCAUUUGCUGAAUGCUGUGACCGACGCUCUGGUCUGGGUGAUUGCCAAGAGCGGCAUCUCCACCCAGCAGCAGUCCAUGCGCCUGGCCAACCUCCUGAUGCUCCUGUCUCACGUCAGACAUGCCAGUAACAAAGGCAUGGAACACCUGCUCAGCAUGAAGUGCAAAAAUGUGGUCCCCAUCUACGACCUGCUGCUGGAGAUGCUGAAUGCCCACACACUCGGGGGCCACAAGUCCUCAGGGGCCGAGGGCAGUUCGGCAGAGGAGGAGAGUAAGAACAAGGAGGGCUGCCAGACACCCCUGUCUCAGUGAGCCACCCGCCUUGAAGGGCAGAGACUGACCCAACUUGGGGUGCAGUGUGACCCUGUUCCGAAGUCGUUGGGCUUCAUUCUUUUUCUGCUGUGUGGUGGCCCCCCAUCACUCUGGCAGGCUCGGUCGCCUACCAUCUUCCCCACAGCCCUGGGAGCUGAGAGCCUGAUGAGAAAGCUCUGGAUACCGUGCGGUGCAUUGGAGCCGUUUGUAUCAAGGGCGGCCUCGUAGGAUCGCACUGCGGUGCCUCUUUUCUCGUCCCCCACCCUCUCACCCCUUUGGAAACAGCUCCUGAAAGGUGUUGGAAUGAAUGAUGAGGACUUGACUUGGGAGGGUUGCAGAGUAGAAAAGGCAGAGGGAGAACACGGCGCUGAAGGGAGUGGCCUCCCCCUCAGUGUGCUGCCUAAACUUCCCCUAGAAGAGAGCCUGGUACCCUCUUGGAUCAUAUCAACAGCCAGAGCAGCAGCAGUGGAGAAAUUAAGUGAUGUAUUGCAUCGAGCAAAUCUAUUGCCGAAAACCUCUUCGAAGUGUUCAGAAGUAAAGCUGUCACUUUGAGAACCGAGAUGGGCCUGCCCCAAGCCAGGGACUUUUCAAUCACCUCAUAUGUCUGUGGAAGCUAGACACCGAAUAGGAUAUGACCGAAGAAGGAUUGAUGCAUUUGGAUUACGGUGCUGGGUGAAAAUUACUGAAUAUACCAUGAACUGCCCGAAGAACAAAGAAGUCUGUCUUGGAGCAAGGACAGCCAGAAUGCGCUUUUAGAAGUGAGGACAGUGGGACUGGGUCUCACGUAGAUGUGGCCAGGAGAGACCAGUCCCUGGAGAAGGACAUUGUCAACGCGAUGGACUGACACGGUGGUCCAGGCGAGGAGUGAUGGUGAAGUUGGCACAGGUCUGGGCUGUGCGUCGUUCUGUUGGAACCGACUGAGUGACACCUCACAACAGCACGCCCCUCGGGACCACGUGACGUAGCUUUGAAGACCACGACGACGAUCAACUGACCAGCUUCACAGAACUACCUCACAGGCCUGUGAGGACUGAUAGCACAUGCUCGUAUGAUUCUGUCAAAGCCAGGAGGAUUGUCUACUAGGGAGCAGGUGGGCAUGCUGGGACCUACAUCCCAGCAGGGUGUGGUUUGGCAGCGCAGAGUAAGAACUUUCUAUUCACGCCGUCUUCGGGCUUGAUUUUCACUUGCAGAGGCUUGCUGGCCAGCUGGGGAAGACAUUACUUUCAUGGAGGAUUGUGGUAGUUUAAAAUCUUCUAGUUCCUUCAGCUGCCCUUCUUUAGGACUCUGUGGACCCAAGGGGCCCAGCAUGGAAAAAGAGCCAUGAUUUAUAGGACUGGGACUUAUUCUGGGCUUUGCCAGGGACCCCAAUGUCAGUGGUUAAUGCACCCUACUGCUCACCACAGGGCUGGCAUCUGAAUCCACCGGCUAGCUGCUCCCCAGGAGAAAGCUGUGGGGCCUGCUUCUAUGGAGUAGCCUUGGGAACCCAGUGGGGUGCUUCUCUUCUGUGCUGCAGGUUGGUGGUGGGGAUGAACUCAACAGCACUGGGGGAGGGGGUCCUUUUGUGAGCAGUGCGGCUCACAGCGGGGUAGCAGCCACCGCGGCCACAUCAGCCAGCAGAGGAGAGCCCUUCGAGAGCCCUUCCCGCUAUGGUAGUGCACACGGCAUGGUGGUCGCUGGAGGGAUGAGUGAUUGCACACACCCCAGGGUGUCAAGCUUACUGGCCAGAUGGAAUCGAUUUGAUGAGCCCAGCACUGAAAGAAGACCCGUCUGUGUGUGAAUGUGACUCAAAAAUAGAAUUUUUAGGGAGAAGUAUUUAUAAUGAGAAAGAAUUGUUUUAUACCCUAGUGCUAUCUUAACAUAUUUUCUUAUCAGAAUAUUUAUAGAGUGGAUUUGGUGAAAAAGAAAUUUAGUAAAAAUGUUAGUUCUUGUUCCAGGUGGAAGAUAAGAUGGGACCUGAUGAGAAAUGGGUUUGCUGGGGAGGAGCCGAGAAGACCAUCUCAGCUGGCUUUCCUUAAAAACUAAAAAUCCUGGUCCAAAUCUCGAGGACCAUUCGGAAUGCACAAAGUGACUGGCGUGUGUACUCUGGAAAGGGGUGAUGAAAUCGUAGUGCUUGUUAUCUCUGACAGUGUCUUAAGGAAUGCCCCUGCAAAAGGAGAUGACAUACAUUCCCUUUCAGAAACAAGGUUCACUUGCCAGCACAUUUCCAGUUGGAAAUGAAAUAUUUCUAUUUAAUAAGAUUGGACACAUUUCUUUAAGCUGCUGAAAUCUUUUUUUUUUUAAAUCAAGGUUAUGUGAAGGAAAUAAAAACCCCCCUCAUAUUUAGUACCUGAAAGUGUUCGUGAAGCACUUGUUUUGUGCCAGAGUUCCCAGCUCCUCACCUGUUCAGUUAAUCCCCAUCAUUACUGUUCCCAAGAGUUUUCAGCUGCAGAAACUCCGCUUGCUCAAGCUGAUAAACAGCUCAGUGUAACAUGACACAUGUCCAGUUUAAGUACAGACACUGAUCGAGUUUGACUAGUUAAAAAACUUUUAAAACAGAAAGUAUUAUUCAAUUGCAUAAUCCCUUCAUCACAUGCAUCCUGACCGGCGCAGCUGCUCCGGUUAAGCGGGGAGGUCCACUUUUGGCAUGCCCCUCCAAAUGUCCAGCACCCCCUGCAGACAGCUUGCACAGCACCUGUGACAUGAAGGCUCAGGCCUACCUUUUUCCACUUGUGUCAGUUACAGGCCCAGCGUGCUACACUGACCGGCUAGAAGCCCUCACACUACUUCUGGCCAAGUAUGUUUUACCUGCCUGGCCAGCGAGGCUCUGCAACAGGACUGCUUGGGAAGGAGUCACUUCUUGAGCUUGAGUGGCCGUGCCAUGGGGGCAGGUCAUCUUUGCCUCCAGCUGCACCUCUAGCUACGUUGUCGGCCUGGCUUGGAUGGGGCCCGCAGGAUCCUUGACAGGACAGCAGUGGUGACAGGUGGGAAUGUAUUCUGCCCUUGCCCUUCUCUCCUAGGCUCCUAAGUUAGUGGGCACAGCCGUCACCUCCCUGUAUUUGCCCUUGCUUUUCUCAAACGUGUUUUCGUCGAGUAUGUGCUUUGGAAAUUUGCUCAUGUACCAUGUUCACAUCCCUUAGGCACUGGAUGCUUUACUGUAGGGUGAGAACACCUGCCAGUUAUUCUGUGCAGCUUUCAGAGUCACCGGGACUCGGGCUCUAGUGGCGGCUCUCUGAUGCGUCUUGUUUCUGUAACAUGCAAUCUGCUUCUCACCCUUUUGGUUGGGGCCCAGGACCUGUUGGGUUUGAGUAACCCCAAAGGCCUUCUCUGCCAGAGGGCCAGCCCACAGGCCCCUCUGCUUUGGGCAGCGCUAGCCCAGUCCCCAGUCAUGCUGCUGCGCUUGCUCUUGGUGGAUCUAAAUGCCAGGACCAUGGGUCCUGUGUACCCAGAGCCCACCGGCUGGCUUCACCCUUUUUCAGAUAAAUGCUUUGUAUCCUGAAACCAGCUUGUUGAUUUGGAACUUUUAGUAAAAAACGACUGCUCUGGUUUGAAAGCAGGCUUUGACUCCUGCUUCCCGUUCCUCCAGAGAACCUUCCCGUUCUGUGUCUUUGACGCUCGUCGGACUGUUGGCUGACAGAAGUGUUACAUGGCACACGCUAAAUAAAGUGCUUUCUCCCACCAGAA